AUGGAGUUCUGUGGUCAACGAGGCAUCAGAGCUUUAUUUAUCCAGGAUGAACUUGAACUUCUGCGCUCCUGUCUGCCACUCUCCCAUGCAUCCUCUGUUGCCAUAACAACCAGCUUUCCCACACACUACAUGCACAGCCCCCCUUAGGACACCGACGGCCCACCUGGAGCCAUGGCAACCAUGCUGCUGUCACUAAGGAAACAGAUGACAAUGGUGAUGGACAGGAGGGCCCUGGAGAUGAACUGUGAUAUUGUUAAUUAAACUGUGGAGAAAGGUGUGCUGAAAACUGCAAUCCCAUUGGUCGCAGUAGAAGACAACGGCUCAGACUCUGCCCUACGCUUCCUGUGUUACCAUGGAGACCCCAGCAAGCCCAGCUUCUCAUAUCUACUGUAUUGAUUUGUGGAAAUAUAGCGCAGUGGACAAGCUGGAGAUGGAAAUUACUACAACAUGAGAGGAAUAAACAUCAAGCAUCUGGUGGAUCCUAUUAACAGCUUGUUUAUUACUGCCAGUGAUAUCCCAGGAACUACCACUACAGCUGCUCUCACAUGGAUCAAACUGUCGCAGCAUGUGAAUAAACAUAAGUUUAUGUCUGUGAAACUGAAGGAAACGGUCAAGACUCUGAUGCCCAAAGGGGAUCUCAUAACCUGUGAAGUUCCUGCUGAUUAUGCUGUCCCUGCUGUUAUGGACUUACAGGUAAAUUCCAGUAUCUUCAUAACAGUAGCAGGCAUAAGCAUGUUUAUUCUGCAUAACACAGGUCUCAAAGUCAUAACUCUAGACACCAAGGGCAAGAUCUUGUUGAGCUACAUGCCAAGAGUGUCUAACUGGGGAGAGAAGACUCUGGCCUGUGGGCUGUACCUGCUGCUCACCUGCCCCUCACACUAUAGAUACAGAAACAGAGGACUGGCUUUGGAAAGCCAGGAAGAGCUGUAAGACUGGACUGCUUGCCUGCCAUCUGUGGACAAGGUAACACACAUGUUCUCAUCCCAAGUCAUCCCUUAUUACCACUUUGCUGUGGACUUCCACAUCUGCAGGUAUCCUUCUGUGCCUGCUCUUUACAUUGUGGAAUGCUGCUACCAUGAUGCACAUGCUUGA